AUGUCUGCUGUCUUCCAGAAUGCUACUUUCAGUACUCUUCUCAGGGAGGAGAGUUUUUCCAGGACUCUGCAAAAUGUGUAUCAACUGCAGCCUCAAUUGAACGUCAUGGAGAAGUACUGGGCUGCCUGGUACACGUAUAUGAACAACGAUGUGUUGGCAACCGGUCUGAUGUUCUUUUUGCUGCACGAGUUCAUGUACUUCUUCAGAUGUCUGCCAUGGUUCAUCAUUGACCAAAUACCAUUCUUCAGAAGAUGGAAGCUGCAACCAACUAAAAUUCCAAGCGCAAGGGAGCAAUGGCACUGUUUCAAAUCCGUCGUGCUGUCGCACUUCUUGGUCGAGGCCAUUCCUAUUUGGACUUUCCACCCAAUGUGUGAAAAACUGGGUAUCACCGUCGAAGUUCCAUUCCCAUCGUUGAAGAGAAUAGGCGCAGAGAUUGCUCUUUUCUUUGUUUUGGAGGACAUUUGGCACUACUGGGCUCACCGUCUAUUCCAUUACGGCGCCUUCUACAAGUAUAUCCACAAGCAACAUCACAGAUAUGCUGCGCCUUUUGGAUUAGCGGCAGAGUAUGCUCAUCCGGUCGAAACCAUGACUUUGGGCUUCGGCACCGUUGGUAUGCCAAUCCUUUACGUGAUGUACACCGGAAAACUUCAUCUAUUCACCCUGUGUGUUUGGAUCUCGCUGAGAUUGUUUCAGGCCAUUGAUGCCCACUCUGGCUACGAUUUUCCAUGGUCUCUGAACAAGUUUCUGCCCUUCUGGGCCGGCGCUGAGCACCAUGACUUGCACCAUCACUACUUUAUCGGUAACUACGCUUCUUCUUUCAGAUGGUGGGAUUACUGCCUAGACACGGAAGCUGGCCCAGAGGCAAAGGCUGCUAGGGAGGAGAAGAUGAAAAAAAGAGCCACCGGAAGAGUUAAGAAAAACAUUUAG